AGUGGGGGCGACGAGAAAUUUUCACAGGGAACUUAAGCCAGACCGCCGAACGCACAGUUUCAAUUCUAUCACUGACUCAGCAGGUUGGCGCCCGUCUUUAGCUCGUCUAUCAUCGGCUCGCGUCGUAUUUGUAACGGUAAUGGCGAUUUCUGAAAAUUGGUGCCGUGUUUUCGUACAAUUUAUGGUGCUAGAGUCGUUACCAAACACACAAACACAACAACUUAUUGGUUCAUAGUUAAACCAAAACCAAACCCAUACAAAAUACAUCGCAUUAUGAGCACCACAGUUUGAGUUAUUUUUGUUGAUUUACCGCACGGUCAAAUUUUUUAUAAUAAGAUAAGACGAAAUGCUGCUAAUUAACUUCACAACAAAAAACCUAACGGUGCCACAAGUAUACGAGUAAAAAAAUGCAUCCAGUGUGCGCGUAUGUUAAAGUGCCAACAAUCAUGUAUACGGAUACUACAUAGCUAGAUCUAGAGACACAUGACCAUGGAAGGUUUGAUGGUAUCUGCGCGCAGCUGCAACCGGUUGCGGACCAAAAUUAAGGGGUCUCUGUUGCGGCAGAAGAAGAAUCAGAGGCAGAUCACGAAGGGGAAUCACAGUCAUCACACGAGGAACGGGGGAAGGUUUAAAGAGCACCUCUGCAAGCACACUAAGAGAUUUGGACGGAGGAGAUGCAAUAAUAACGUGUAUGGGGGUGGCAGCAAUAAUCUUGUCAUCGGAAAUUUCACAAGACAAGUAUACGAUGCAAUUUGCACACACCUUAAGGGUAACAACACUCUGCACAUUCCCGAAGACAAUGUACAAAACAUUCUUAAUGAAUUGCAACUAUAUCCGUCCAAAGCACAAGUGUCGAAAAUGCUUCAGUGUGCGAAAAGGUACAAUAAAAAUGGGGCCAGCGAUUCCAUCACCUUUGGUGAAUUCUGUGUUUUUAUAAGGGAGAUGCAAAAUCAACCCCCAAUCCACCAUAGGAAAACAUCAAUACACAAAGCAAAUAACAAAUUUAAAAGCAACUUUCAAGUAUUUUUGGGCGGUUCUUGUAAUCCAACGACAUGGCGAGCGGACACAGCAAUACCCGAGCUGCAGAAACAUGGAAUAUCAUUUUACAACCCACAAGUUUCGAUGUGGGCGCCGGAGCUGGUCGAGCAGGAGUUCAACGCGAAGCAAACGGCUUCGCUGCUGCUUUUCGUGAUCGACAGCCAGACGCGCAGCACCGUCGGCAUGAUCGAGGUGGCUUAUUUGGUGGCUUCGGGCCGGUGCGUGGUCAUCGUCGCUCAACCCUUCAAAAAGAAUCAGACCAUCAUGGGGGAGACCAUCACCGACGAGGAAUACAUAGAUUUAGUGGAAGGACAAACGUGUUUACUGCAUUUAGUAAAAAGUCGAGGCGUCAAAAUCCACUCGGAUUUACCCAGCGCCCUUCAAUGCACCGCCAACUUUUUCAAAAACGCUUCAACCAGCAACGCGACACCAGAAGACCAAAUCACACACAAACUCAAAAGGUUGAGGCAGGAGUACGACUCUUACGGCGGUCAAGUGAGCGUCGAUAAGGUGCUCGAAACGUGCCGACGGCUGACCAAUCGGAAGGUCGAGGCGGAAGAAGUGAAGCACUACUUGAACGGCUCGCAGCCAGGUGGCGCCACCGCGCUGCCUUUCGACAGGUAUCUCACGCUGAUGGCAGAGCUGGACGGCUGUGAUAUGUGCUCCAGCGAAGUAUGGGCAAAAACAACAAACAACAACAGCUGUGAUCCGCAUAACGACGCCCGACUGGAGCGCCCUCUAACGAGCACUGCAUCGACGACGACGAACGGGACGUCGUCGCCGCGCUACGACGUCUUUUUGGGCGGCUCGACGCGGUCGCGCGUCGACUGGCGUCGCGACGUCGCCAUACCGAAGCUGAAAGUGCACGGCCUCAGGUACUACAACCCGACGAUCAGAGAGACGGGCGGGCACGAGGGCGGCAGGGCGGCGAUAGGCGACGCCGACGUGUCCGAGUGGAGGGAGGCGAUCGACGAGAGUCGCGUGCUGAUGUUCGCGAUCGGCGACGACACGCGAUCGUUGGCGACGAUGGUGCUGGCCGCGCACCACCUGGCAACCGCGCCCGAGCGCGUCGUGCUCUGCGUGCAGCAUCUCGCCGCCGACAAGCCGUGCCUCGUGCACGGCGAAGUGAUGACGAAAAACGCCGUGAAAGAUUACAACAGGGCGCGCGUGUACCUAACCGACCUGGCUCACCGAAGACAGGUGAAAGUGUUCGAAGACAUCGCAGAGGCCGUGCAAGAAGCCAUUAACAAAAGCCUGCGCUAGCUGGUCGCAGAAUCGCACCACCCUAGACGGAUAAGUCUGGGAAUAUCACAUAAACAAAAAAGCGACUUAUCAUCAAACCUUUUUAAAUCUACACAAAUACCGCUACACUUGAACUUUUACCGAUUUGCGGAAAGUUAACGUAGGAAACACAAGACCCGAGUAAAUUGUACUAAAGUUGACCCUGGAAAAACAAACAAUAUCGUUUUGACAGUUAUUUGACAUGCGCAGUACUAAAAUCAUAUAACUGUCAAAAUUCUUUAGUUGGUUUAACAGAAUCCUACAAAAAUACGCUUUUUAAAUUUGUAUUUAUUUAUUAACGAAGGGUUUUAUUGUAUUUUUAGUAGAUUACAGUUAACAAGUCGAUUGUUAUGAAUAACAAAUAAUUCAAAGAAAUUAAUUUGAAAAGUGCUGCUAUUAGAUAUUUUAAAUUAUUUUAAAUACCUUUUUCAUUGUUACCAAUGUGAGAUUAUUCGGAUAACAACCAAGUUCCUUUUUUAUGAAGAUAUGGCCUCUACUUGUAGAAUAGUACAGGGUGUUUAUUUUUUUUUUUCGAUGGUUGAGAGUAAAACGAAGAAAUUUUAUACAUUGAUUAAUUAUUUUAAAGUUUCACCUCUCAAGAAGUCGAAUUGUUUGUGUAAGUUAUUGAUAUUAUUGUAGCAUCACUAUUAUUGCGUCACAUUUUUUUAGUGUUUAGGGUGUACAUACACUGCGCGGCAAAAUUAACGCAUAAUAAGUAAAAAACUAACUCUAAAACUCCUUUACCAAUCUUUAUGAUAUUUUUUAUAAAAAUACUUGGUUUUUCGAGAAAAUAUUUUUAAAGCCCCUUUAUUUAAUAAAAAAACGUUCGUAAAAUUUUUUUUGAAGCAAAUAAAAAAAUGUUGUUAAAAACCGUAUUUUUGUUAAUAUACCCUGAAAAUUUUGUACAAAUCAUACAAACUGUAACGAAGAUAUAGCGCUUCAAAGUCAAAGUAAAAAUGAACCCUUUUUGAUCAUUUUUGACGACUUUGAAGCGCUGUAUUUUCGUUACUGUCCGUUUGAUUUUCAGGGUAUACUAACAAAAAUACGGUCUUUCUCAGCAUAUUUUUAUUUACUUCAAAAAAAGUGUUUUUCGAGCAUUUUUUAUUAUUAAAUAAAAGGGCUAUUUUCUCGAAAAAACCUUGAUCACGUAAACAGAGAUAUAAGUUGAAGUAUUUUAAUCCAAAAUUUUAUAAAGAUUGGUAAAGGCGUUCUAGAGUUGGAUUUUUUUACUUGUUAUGCGUUAAUUUUAACGCGCAGUGUAUUUAAAUGUUUAUACACAAAAUUCUAAUUGUACAGUAGUUUAAUUUAUUAUUAUUAUUAUACAUAUGUUCUAGUAAAUAAUAUAUUUAAUAUGUUAAUUGUUGUAUGUGCAAUUUUUUCGGUUUAGGCUGGCUAUUUGCAGUACUUAAUAUUAUCACAUUUUUUUUGUAUAUAAUUGCAUUUAAAAGUUAAAGUAAGUUAUAUUUAUUGAAUAUGCAAAGUAUACAGGUAGGCCAAAAGAUGGCGCGCUAUUUUUAGGCCACCCUGUACAAUGUGGGUUAUUUGUUUGAUAAAGUGGCUCCAGGUUGUUUCUAUUUUUGUCCUUUUCCAUAAUUAACUUAUAUUUAAAAAUGUCGAAAAUAGUCAAAAAUACGAAACUGACCUAAAACUAAAGAGAUCUGAAGGGUCUGCAAAGAUUGGGAGUAGUAUGGGAAAGAUAUGAAUCAGUAUAAGUUUUUUUUAUUGAAUGACUAAUACAAUGUUUUUAACGGAGAAGUAAUGGGAACAGAUGGGCGUAAUUGCAGUAUUUUUAAACCUUUUUAUGUAUUGUGUCCCAUAAUACCAAACGCAUCUGCAAUUUUGAACGGAAAAUACUAAAGUAAUGUUGUAAAGUUUUGGAUGAAAAUAUACGGUUUGUGCCUUGAAUAUAUUUUGUAAGGAAUAUGCUGCCUAAGUUUACACACCAGUUGGAUUGAUGUUGAGAUUAUUGUAUCUCGUCUGGAUUGCAAAGUACCUGAAUUUUAUUAUUUGAAGUUGGAUUUAUUUAUAAUCAGGUUUUCAUGUAGUGAAAUUAAACAUUCUUCAUUCAUAAUUAAAGCAAAAGUAAUAUUAACUCUUAACCUUUAUAAACAUAUAUGAAGGGACCGAUUAAUAUUACUUUAUGAUAUUGUUAAACUUGUGACAAAUAAUAAUAACUGUAUUUUUAAGUCACAUUAUUAACCACCCUGUAAUCCUAAGCCAAAGAAUUUUAUGUCGAUUUUGAUAAAAUAUAUUAAACAUUUUUUGACAUGAUUUUUUGGCUUUAGCACAUCAGUAUCAGAAUCUCACAAGUCAAGUCAAAAACUACUAAAAUGUUGACUUCAUUUUUAUACAUUUAAUUACUUCAUUAGAAUAGCGUUAUUAAAAAAAUAAUUUGGCAGACAUAUUUUUAAAACCAAGUUAUUCAUCUAAUUUGGACCUUGAUCAAUUUUAGGCUAACUAUAUUUUAGCACUUUAUGUAUUUAUUAUUUUUUGUAACAUGUUAAUAAAUUAUUAAAAUUAUAUAUUAUUAAAUGUUUGUGUUUUUUU